UCCACUGAACCCACCCCUUCAUCUAUGGUAUGGCAACUGAAGCAGAAGGCUUUCCCAAGGAUAAUGACCAAGGCGCUGGUACCACUAGUGUUACCAUCAACACUGCCAGUAGAACUGAUAAUCCAAUUCAAAAGAAAGAAGGACACCAAUUACAAAUUCAUGUGCUUGCCAAAGAUGGGAACUCAUCUAUAGGCGGCAUGUUUCGUAUAGUUCCUACCACUCCACCGUUGGCUGAGAGUAUUAUUGACACAACAUCUACAAAAUAUCCACCUGAAUAUACUGUUGAAAAUGAGGAUAGCGAAGAUAUUCCUGAAGAAGAAGCUGUCUGCAGAAUUUGUUUGAUUGAAUUGAGAGAAGUUGCUAAUACCCUUAAAAUAGAGUGCAGCUGCAAAGGUGAACUUGCUCUGGCACACCAAGAGUGUGCAGUUAAAUGGUUUAGCAUUAAAGGCAAUAGAACAUGUGAUGUGUGCAAGCAGGAAGUUCAGAACCUACCUGUUACUCUUUUACGGGUUCCUAGUGACCGGGAACUUAACUUGAUAGGGAGCAGAGAUCAACUAAACAGGUAUUGGCAAAUAGUUUCCAUUCUUGUCAUAAUCAACACGCUGGCUUACUUCUGUUUUCUUGAGCAGCUCCUUGUCACAAAUAUGGGAUCUGGUGCCAUUGCCAUAUCUCUCCCAUUUUCUUGUGUACUGGGUCUUCUUGCAAGCGCCACGUCCUCAACAAUGGUCAGGAGAAAACAUGUUUGGGUUUAUGCAAUUGGCCAGUUUAUUAUGAUGGUUCUCGCUGGAUGUCUUUUCUACUCACUGCUUCAUAUGCAAGCUGUUCCAUCUAUUCUACUUGCUACAUUUACUGGGUUUGGAGCUGUUGAGUUUUUAAAAUGGGGGAGACGAUGGCUUUGUCAACUGAAUCAACAACAUGAAUCCCAAGAAAUGUUAUCACCUGAUCAAUCAUCUGCAACCCCUCAUCAGGCUCAGAUUGAUUCUCAACAUCAUGAAACUAAUAGGCAAGCUCUGCAGCUUGUGAGCUAACAUUGCA